GAGAGAGAGCGAGAGAGAGAGAGAUCCAAGGACAGACGGCACUGAGGGGAGGGGAAAUAACACACUCUCAGUCACACCUACACCACAGCCUCUGUAGCAGACAGAACAGAUCUUGACACUGUGAGGAAGAUGCAUGUCUACAUCAGAGGAGCAUCCAGGACAGGACAAUAGCUCCUAAAGCUGCUGAGACAAAUACAUGCCGAGGACUGCACACAGAGAGGAAGAGGCAGCACAGCGAGCCCAGAGGGAAGGACAUUUCAGAGAGGGCAGAGACAGGGUGGAAGAGGCAACAACUGCAGGUUUAUUCUGUGCCUUAAAAAGAGCAGCUUAAAAAAAAAGAGAAAAAGAAGCUGUCUGGGGGUUUCUCAUCCUCUGCACGCGGACAACCACUCUGUCUCUUGCUGCAGAGAGGUUACAGUCUCAAGUGCUUCUGUGCUUCAGCACCAGAAAAAAUACCUGAGUCCCGAGACCAUGAGUGAGGCGAAGAAAGGCGAUCUAGCCAUCCGGGAUAAAGCCAUCCUGCACCAGCAGAGGCGUCUGAAGCAGGCCACCCAGUUCUCACACAAGGACUCGGCUGACCUCCUGCCCCUGGACGGGCUCAAGAGACUGGGCACGUCGAAGGACUUGCAACCUCACAGCAUCGUCCAGCGCCGCCUAAUGGAGGGAAACAUCACGCGGCUGCGGGGGGAGGCCCGGGACGCCAACGGCAGGAUUCGUUCCCCGCUGGCCGACUACAAGGACGGAGCCGCCGACGCCGAGGAGAGGAGCGAGAGCACCGCCGACGACUCCACCGAGGAGAGGGAGUCUCUGGAGGAAAGCGAGAGGAGCCUACGGUCGGACGAGGAGGACGACAGCAGCGAAGCCGGAGCCAGACAGAUGGCGGAGAAGAGCUCGACCCUCCUCACAGCUCUGGUUGUUCAAUGCAAGUGCUGCGAGAGUGAAGUCAAGGCAUCCAUCAACACCGGCAGCCACCAUAACCACAUCUCCAGCUCCUGCUGCCAGAGGCUGGGACUGGUUCCCGUUCAGGACGGUUCACCAUGUGAUGGGAGCAGCUCAGUGACGGGUCUGCAGCUGCAGCUGGGCAGACAGACGGUCCAAUGUUCAGCCUUCGUCAAAGAGGAUGAGGCGUGUGAGCUGUGCCUCGGUCUUCAGACUCUGUUGGAACUUAAAUGCUGCCUGGACCUGAGUAGUCGGGUCCUGAAGCUGCAGGGCUGCGGCGAGGAGCUGCCCUUCCUGAACCCUUCGACCGACAGCCAGUGCCAACGCGACCCCAACGAGAACCUGUGAGCCCGAACUCGACGGCGGCGACCACUUCCUCAAAUCUCGACUGGUUGCAGCAACAACAUGGCGUGAUGCCGUUCGUGUCUGCACGAGUCCGGUCACAGUGUCUCCCACACAUUGCCAGAACAUGGAUGAGCAUUCGCCACUGUCGUUCUUGAGUUUACAUCAAUGUGUUUGUAGAACAUUCGCCCUGAUUAUCUCUUAUCUUAAAUUAGUCUAGUUUACAGAGCGGGUGCUGAUCCAAUCAUUCUUUAUGAUUAUAUUGUGUAUUCAAAUCCAAUUCCUCUGUUGAGCUGCUUGGGAAACAAUGACGCUCUCUAAAAGGGAAAACCAUUAUAAUCAUUUAACGUGAACUUUAGUAGAAUACUUUGUGAUUUGGCGGUACAAACUUUAGAUCAUCAAGUAAAUAAAAAGUGUUAAAUUGUAAAUCAUUUCAGUUUAAAUGGUGUCAAAGGAAUUGUUUCAUACUUUGGGAUGCAUGCUAGUUAAUUUUCUUACCAAGACUAUGUGAGAAGGAUGACGGAUAGCCGGUUAGCUUAGCUUAGCAUAAAGACUGGAAACAGGGGGAAACAGCUAGCCUGGCUCUGUUUAAAGGUAACAAACCUACGAGCAGCUCUAAAGCUCACGAGUAAACUUGUUACACCUUAGUUUAAUUCGUACAAACACUGAAUACAUCAAGUUGAAUUUUUAUAGUAAAGGUGGUCAGACAAGUAGUCUAGCUGCUAGCAAAUAAACCUAAAACUCAACUUGUUUUUUAAUUUCACUUUUAUACAGAGUCAGGCUCGCUGUUUCCCCUUUUCCAGUCUUUAUGCUAAGCUAAGGUAAUUGCUGUCAUAUUUAACGUACAGACUGACAUGAGAGAGGUAGCAUCUUCUCACCAUACUCUCAUCAAGGAUGCCGAUGAACGUGUUUCCAAAUUGUCAAACUUUAAGAAUCAACAUAACUUGUCUAAAAAAGUGUCGGUACUCAGGAUCCCCUUUCCAGUGUGCUCAAAGGAAAUUUUGAGAAGUUUUUUGAAGUCUUGUGUGAUGAGGUUUGGAUCAGGCUACCUCUUUAGGAGACAAGGACGGGUUCUCGUCUAGCAUUUUAAAAAGAGAUCUGAGGAAAACACCACCUUUACUGAUUUUUACUGAUUCCUUUCUAUUCAGCUUGGUAAAGCCCCUUUGCUUUUUCUUUCCCCAUCAAACGACUGAUGUGGUUUAGUUUUUCCAGGAGCUCACUCCUAGUUUGUCACGACAGCCUAGACUGAAUUACAGUAGUUCCCUGUAAACCCCAUCUAAUAAAAAUAGACGUCCGGCCAUAUUUGACUCGGCUACAGAAACAUCAAAACAUUCCAUCUGCAUGACUUUGUAAAGUUCUGCCUUUGUACAAGUCUGCAUGUUUGUGUACUAGUCGGAGCUGUGUGUGUGUGUGUGUGUGUGUGUGUGUGUGGGUGGGUUAGGAGUCGAAGCAGGUUAUUAUUUUUUUUUCAUGCCUUGUUUUAGCUUGUGUUUCACAUGGGAAAAAGUGGAUUACGUCCUAACUUCCCCCAAACCGGUACACCGAGCUCCGGUCAGAACAAGCUGCCAAAAGCCGACCCCAGCUGCCUUCCCUCUUUCAGGAGAUCUUCAUCGCUCGGCUGAGGCUGCGUAAGCUGGUAUUCUUUGUGCAUUGAUCACCUUUUUUAUUUUGGGGCUGACGUUAUUCACAUUGACGCCUCAUGUUUGUCACAAGAAACUCCCGACUACAGUGCCGCCUGCCUCUCUUGUCUCUCAGUGUUUUCAUAGUGUGGAGAAUCAAGAACUGCCUCAGAUCAUGCUGUGCUUUAAUAACACCUGAGCCGUGCCGUGCUUUUUGACUGUGCUACAGUAUCCGUCCAACCUCUCCGCGGAGGUCAUCCACACGUAGAUCUGUCUCUCUUUGAUGUACUAGUGAACUUCCGACGCCGUAUGAGAGGAAUCGAUGUGUGACAGAAAUUUAUUUUUGGUGUUUCUCUUCCUCUGAACAGUAUUUUCUCUGCCUAAUAAAAAUAUGUAUUCUGGCUAA